UCUCUCCACCUCACCUCUCCAUUUCUUUCAGAUAGAAUUCAUUCUAUCCUUCCUUACACAUCAUUCACAAUGUUCGCUGCUCGCCAGUCUUUCAACCUCCUCCAGAAGCGCGCCUUCUCCGCUUCUGCCAGCCAGGCUUCCAAGGUUGCCGUUCUUGGUGCCGCUGGUGGCAUUGGCCAACCUCUCUCCCUUCUCCUCAAGCUCAACCCCCGUGUUUCUGAGCUUGCCCUCUACGACAUCCGCGGUGGCCCUGGUGUUGCCGCUGACCUGAGCCACAUCAACACCAACAGCACCGUCUCUGGCUUCGACCCUACCCCCUCUGGCCUCCGUGAUGCUCUCAAGGGCUCUGAGAUCGUCCUCAUCCCUGCCGGUGUUCCUCGCAAGCCCGGCAUGACCCGUGACGACCUGUUCAACACCAACGCCUCCAUUGUCCGCGACCUUGCUAAGCUGCCGCCGAGGCUUCCCCCGAGGCCAAGAUCCUCGUCAUCUCCAACCCCGUAUGAUGAGUUCAUCUACUAUUACCAGUUAUAUCGCGCUAAUUGCAAUCAGGUCAACUCCACCGUCCCCAUUGUCGCCGAGGUCUUCAAGGCCAGGGGUGUCUACAACCCCAAGCGUCUCUUCGGUGUUACCACCCUUGACGUUGUCCGUGCCUCUCGCUUCAUCUCCCAGGUCCAGAAGACCGACCCCUCCAACGAGGCCGUCCCUGUCGUCGGUGGCCACUCCGGUGUGACCAUUGUCCCUCUUCUCUCCCAGUCCAGCCACCCCAGCAUUGAGGGUGAGACCCGCGACCAGCUCGUCAACCGCAUCCAGUUCGGUGGUGAUGAGGUCGUCAAGGCCAAGGAUGGUGCUGGCUCUGCCACCCUCUCCAUGGCCAUGGCUGGUGCUCGCAUGGCUGAGUCCCUCCUCAAGGCCGCCCAGGGUGAGAAGGGUGUCGUUGAGCCCACUUUCGUCGACAGCCCUCUCUACAAGGACCAGGGUGUUGACUUCUUCGCCUCCAAGGUCGAGCUCGGCCCCAACGGUGUUGAGAAGAUCCUCCCCGUUGGCCAGGUCAACGCCUACGAGGAGAAGCUCCUCGAGGCCUGCCUUGGUGACCUCAAGAAGAACAUCCAGAAGGGUAUUGACUUCGUCAAGGCCAACCCUUAA